CACGCCAAGCAGUGCAGGCCAGAGGGUCUCAUCUCCGCGCAAACCUACUGUGCCUUCCCUCCUCAACACCAACCAAUCCAACCCAAUUCAUCCCAUCCCAAACACCACAUUAACUCCAACCCCAAUGCAAUAACCCACACCCUUCUUCCAAAGGCAAAGAGAAAAUGUCCCUCUUCUCCAAAACAAUCCACAUCACCGCGCACCCAGCGCCGCGCACCCUCUCCGACAGCAAACUCAUCCUCUCCGCGCUGCAGAAAUUCGGCGAAGUCGUCACUUUCCGCAAUUUGAGGUACGAUAUAACAAACCCCCCAACCGCCACCAGCACCAGCAGCACAACCGCCCGCCCCCAAUCCCACAGCAUAAUCGCCAUCUACGAAUCCGUCGCCGCCGCGACGGCCGCCUGCGCCGCCUCCCCGUUAGCGAUCCCUCUUACUCCGGACGCCCAGGCCCAAGCCCAAGCCCAGGCCCAACACCAUAGCCCACAAGCACAGUCACAGUCACAGUCACAACCACAAGCACAAGCACAACCACAACCACAACCACAAUCUCAAGCUCAGACGAAACAAAAACAAUACUACACUCCGCUCCCCCUCCCACCGCAGCAGCAACACGCGGCCCUAGACACCGCAACACACUACCCCUCAACACAAAACCACAACUCCCUACCAUCCGAGCAGCCCGACGAAGACCCCACAACAAUAAGAUGCACCCUGACCGCCUCGCGCAUCAACCACGCCGCGGCCAUACGACGGAAUCCCUGGUCCGCGGGGUUCGAGAUUGAGAGGACGAGCCACCCGCAGAUGUAUGAGGAUCUGGUGCGGGUGGGGAUUCCGCUGAGGGAGUUGGCGGAUGGGCCGGCGGGGCGGAAAAAGGCGGUGGCGCAGCCGCAUGGGCGGCGGCAGAGGAUGGAGGCUGAGACGGUGCGGUGGGGGGCGGCGAGUUUGAUGGGGUUGUUUGGGGAGGGGCAUAAUAGUAAUGGUGGUGGUGGUGGUGUAGGGAGGAGGAGUAGGAGAUGA